GGGUGGCGGGGGCGGGGACUCCAUCUCCCAGCGUGCUCAGCGGCCGAGCCGGAGCCCAGCGGAGCGCGCCCCCCCACUCUCGGGAUGCCGGGUCCGGUGCUGGCGGCCGCUGGCCGGGGGCUUCGCGGUGGGGGUGACGGCCCCCUGGCACGCGCCAUCCGUUCCAAGCUGGACGCCGCCCUCCAACCCACUCACCUGCAGGUUUUGGAUGAAAGCCCCCGCCAUGGGGGCCCCCCCGGAGCCGAAACCCACUUUUCGGUGGUGGUGGUGAGCGAACGCUUUGCGGGGCUCCCCCCACUCCAACGCCACCGCCUCGUCCACGCCGCGCUCAGCACCGAGCUCGCCGGACCCCUGCACGCCCUCGCCAUCGUCGCCAGGACCCCCCAACAAUGGGAGAACGACCCCAGCGCCCCCCCGGCCCCCCCUUGUUUGGGGGGGUCCAAACGGGAACAGCGCAACGCGGCAGCCGGCGAUCAGUGAGGCGGAAUUGCGACCCCCCCUUAAAAGGGAUGGAGCCCGACUUGAACUGCGAGGUGGGGGCAAAUAUUGGGGUGCCCCCCACCUUGCAGACACUCCAUUCUCUGCACAC